AUGCACUUCUCCACGCUCUUCGCUGCCUCUCUCGCUCUCGCCCCAGCCGUCUAUGGCAAGGGCCUAAGCGUAGUCGAAGUCGAGGUUCAUGGCCACGACAAUUGUCAUGUUGGAAGACUACCUGGAAACAACCUCGAGGAGCACGAGACCUUCGACGCCAAGCCGAAGAAGGUCUUCCCGACUGAGAAGUCCUGCGUUAAAGUCAAGCUGCCUGACCAUGACGAAGUCGAUACCUAUUCCUUUACUGUCACUGCUCUCAAUAAAAAGAGUUUCCAGGAGUGCCGCGGUCUGGGUGUCUACGCGAACAAGGAAUGUGCCGGCAACCCUGACUGGGUUGUACCUUUCCACCCUGGAGAGCUCCAUGCCUCCAGUCCUUGUCUCCCUGAGUACGGCUUCGAGGACUACGUUUCGCUUCAGGUUAUUUGCAAUGACGACCCAGUCCAUCGCGAUGAAGGAAACCACGAGGAACAUGGAGAGGGAAACCAAGAGGGCAAGGAUGAGGGAAACAAGGAGGGAGAAGGAGAAGGAGAAGGAGAGGGAGAGGGAAGCAACAAGGGGGAGGAGAAGGGCGAGGGUGAGCAACCCCACCGUGAAGCUGAGAAACCUGCCACUCAAGAUAAAAAUUCGAUCCUUGGUAAAUUGGGCUUGUAA